AUGUCUAACCAGUUCCCACCAUCAUCACCGGUGGCUUCCACAUCCUACACUCAUCCUUCUAAAUUUAAUAACUCUAUUGCCUCUGAUGAAACGACAAUGCAACAUGAUUCUAAUGCAUCUUCUCCAUUUAUGGAAAAGAAAUUGCAACAUUUAAAGGGAGCUAGAAGAGCACCAAAUGAAACACAAUACCCAUCUCCCUUUCCAUCAUCCAGUACAGGAAGAUCAUCCUCUCCUAUUAGAAACUCUACUGACAAAUUACCAACACAAUUGAAUCUACCAAUAUUAAACGACAGCAAAGAUGAGGAGGAAGAGCCAAAAUUGGAAGAUUAUCCCAUUUAUACAGCCCCAAAGACCGCUCCAAUCACCUUAGAAUUAGACCCCCGUAAUGAUGCUGAAAUGAUAAUGGGACGUCAAUCCAAUGCCUGUGAUUUACAAUUGCCCAAGAAAAAAUCCAUCUCGAGAAGACAUGCAUCCAUCUCAUAUAUCUCUAACAGAAAUCAAGUAAGACUGGAGUGUCUAGGUACUAACGGUCUCGUAGUUUUAUUACCUUUAAAAUUAUCAGGUCAUUUAAUUAAGAGGGUCCCUGAGAUGGCAGUUUAUGAAAUUUCCUCCUUAUUUGACAAGGAUGAAGUGGUAAGCUCCAAAGAAAAGGUCCUUUUAAAAGAUAAAGAAAUGACGUCUUUUGUCUUAUUGAAAGGUGAAACCAUAUUGAUGCCCUUUAUUAACGGUACUACUAUUGACUUUAGGGAUGCUGAAGUUGUCUUAUCUAUGAAACAGUUGAAGUAUUCUCAUACUGUGGACUCUUCCGAUGAUGAAGACGAUGAAAAACAAAAUCUAGAAACCCCAAUUCCAUCUGUUCCAAAAUCUGGAUUUAAAAUUGCUGAGUUACCACAACAUAAACAUAUCGUUUCACCUUUAGCCUCUAAAAUAACGCCACAAUCGUCAUUUAAUGUUGCAAUCCCAGCAACUCCCAAGAAGGUCCGUCACAAUUUAAUUAAACAUGAUGAACAAACACCAGUACCUGAAAACCGCACACCAGAGAUUAUAAAGACCACAAAGCGUUCACUUGAAACACUCAAUAUUAAAAACACAUCUAAGAAUGAUGCUGCUCAUCAUAUUCAACACCAGCACUCUAAACUUCAUCAAAUAUCGAGUACAGAGCCCAAAUUGAAGAAAAAAAAACUAUCACAAGAACCAGAAAUGACGAACGAGGAAAUUAUUGAAUCCUUGAAUGAGAGAAAAAUAGAUUACAAGUCAUUGCAACAUGUCUUAACUAACCAUCUAGCCUUUUCGAAUGUUCAGCAAACGCCUUUGUCUCAAUUACAAGAAGUAAAUUCUAAGCUUGGAGAACUAACAAAAAAUGAAUUACGUGCAAUCUUAUCUCAAGUGAAAUGUAUUGGUGUCAUUUAUCGUCAAGGUAAAGAUGCCGCCGGUAAACCUCUAGAUGAAGAGUAUUACUAUGAUUUGGAAAAUGAUGCUGACGCGGAUAGAAGAAACUUGGUGACAUCUUUGAAAGGUGGUAGAACUGGUUUGAGAUCAUGCAGAAGAACACACAAACAAUAUUUCUGGAAAAAACCAGCCAAAUAG